AGGACAAGAGCAACACCCUAUACAUUUACAUUUGAGUCUCAUCUAUUAACCCAAAAAACUCCCAUCACAUGCAUGCUCUCACGCGGAAAUGAACUCACACACUUUGAUUGUCUUGUCCUUAGCUUUCUUGCUAGGAACCUCGGCAGAACAAUGUGGAAGACAAGCUAGGAAUGGCCUUUGUCCAAACGGGCUAUGUUGUAGCCAACAUGGGUGGUGUGGCACCAAACCUGAUUACUGUGGUGCUGGUUGCCAGAGCCAGUGUAGGCCAUCAACCACACCUUCCAAACCAACCCCACCACCGGCCAGCGGACCUUCCAAACCAACCCCAACACCGGCCGGCGGGGGUGUCGGCAGCCUCCUCGGCCUCUCUCUCUUCAACCAAUUGCUUAAACAUCGCAAUGAUGGUCGCUGUUCUAGCAGAGGGUUCUACACCUACGAUGCUUUCAUCACUGCUGCCCAAUCUUUCGGUGGCUUCGGCACGACGGGUGAUGUUAGCACCCGUAAGCGGGAGCUUGCAGCUUUCUUGGCUCAAACCUCUCAUGAGACUACUGGAGGGUGGCCAGAAGCAGAAGAUGGUCCAUAUGCAUGGGGAUAUUGCUUUAUAAGGGAGAAAGAAAUGAAAGCCUAUUGUGACGUAGCCAAAGCCCCAUGCCCUCCCGGCAAACUAUAUUAUGGCCGAGGACCCAUCCAACUCACGCACAACUACAACUAUGCUUUAGCGGGUAAAGCAAUUGGGGCGGACCUGAUAAACAAUCCGGAUCUGAUAGCCAUCGACCCAGUAAUAUCAUUCAAGACAGCCAUUUGGUUUUGGAUGACCCCACAGGCCAACAAACCAUCAAGCCACGAUGUCAUCAUAGGUAGAUGGACCCCAUCCGCUGAGGACAGGUCAGCCAAUCGGGUCCCAGGCUACGGUGUCAUCACCAACAUAAUCAACGGUGGGAUCGAAUGCGGGCAUGGUCGUGAUGAUAGCGUGGAAAAUAGGAUCGGGUUCUAUAAGAAGUAUUGUGACAUCAUGGGACUCAGCUACGGGAACAACCUGGACUGCAACAAUCAAAAGCCUUUUGCUUCAUGAGUCUUGUAUUAAUAGUUCUACUGCCAACUCCAGGGCAAGCAAUAAUCCUUCAUGUGUAAUUGGAAAAAUCUGUUUUCCAAGUAGAAAUACCGGCAAUAAAGUGAGUUUCGUUUAUUUCCACUCAACCAAUAUUGUUGGAAAUAUUAUGAAUUAUUGAGG